AUGCCACCAAAAAGAGAUCAACAAGUCGCGAAUCCGACUCCAACGCAAGUUCCAGCCAAUGCGUGUUCAUUAGAGCGCAUUUGCUACAAAAAAUUUUAA